AUGGCGCCGGUGUGUGUGGCCUGCCGUCUCUCGCUGUCAGCGCUGUUCGUGUUUGUGCUGUUUGUGUCUUUCGUUAUCAGUAAUGUCAGCUCACUGUAUGUGUAUGACCACCAAACCCUGCUGGAUCUUCGCCCCUCUGCCAAGGAUUUGGUGAAAUUAGAUCCUGAUCACCGUGGUCAUACGACGUCUAAGCCGUUUCACCUCUCCGGUAUACCUGCUCACCUUCGCUGCACUUUCGCUCCAUUUCCCCGGCGUAAACGCCGGCGCCGCCGUGGCAAAUGCAGCGGCAAGCUGGUGAAAGUUAAAGCUCUCUUGGCUCGAUCUUCCGUGGUUUCCCUGAGGAGAAAUGGACUGGGAUCUGGUCUCUUUCCUCAUCUGCGAUCGCUGCACCCUGUCGACUCCUGGCUGUUACCUGUCGUCGGUUCGGAUGGGAUGGUCCGUCCCCACGGCCCCUGCUCUCCUCGUCCCCGCCGGCGUGGGGUGAAUCCCCGCCAUCUACGGGCCCUGUGUCGGGCUCCGCGAUCAGCUGAUGCCUCGGAUGUGCCGAUCUCUGCAAAGGUUCGGCCUUGUCAAUGCCAGAUCACUGGCAAACAAAACUUUUAUCCUGAAGGAUUUCUUCAUGUCCCGUGGAUUGGAUUUUCUCUGUGUGAUGGAGACAUGGCUGAGUACCGGUGAGUCCAGUCCUCUUAUUGAACUCUGCCCUCCGGAUUGCUGCUAUUUUAAUUCCCCGCGGUCGUCUGGUCGAAAAGGAGGUGGAAUAGCAGUUAUUUUUAAAAGCGACUUUAAAUGCCGGCAGAUCUGCCUGCAUUUCUCAUUCACAAGCUUUGAAAUGUGCUUGUUUGAACUGGGCUGCUCUCAUGUUGUCCUGUGCGCUGUCAUCUAUCGACCACCCAAGUACAAUAAGGAUUUUAUAAGUGACUUUUCUGAAUUUCUGGCCGAAAUUCUGCCGAAAUACGACCGUGUCCUUAUUGUUGGUGAUUUUAAUAUUCACACUUGUUGCCCUGAAGAGCUGGUCUCCAGGAGCUUUUUAAAUCUUAUUGACUCUUUUAACUUCGUGCAGUCUGUGUCCGGUUCUACUCAUAAUCUCGGGCACACACUAGACUUGGUGCUCUCGCAUGGUCUGUGUGUGUCUAACCUUGUCAUUUGUGACGCUGUUUUCUCGGAUCAUAUGCCGAUUUUAUUUGACAUCCCCACUCAGUGUCCGGUUAAAUUGCGCGCUCCACCUAAACCGCGUCGCAUGUUUAACUCUUCCUCGCCUGCUCUGUUCUCCUCUACCUACGUUGGUCUCUGCGAGGAUGACCCUGCAGCCUCUGUGUGUGUGGAUACUGAGGAACUGGUACUGAGAUUUCACUCCACCUGUCUACAAACACUGGACAUGAUCGCUCCUCUGAAGAGCCGGCGCACCAAACCUACACCCCAGCCCUGAUUGAACGACAUCACUCGUGCAGCCAGGUGUGAGUGCAGGAGGGCGGAGCGCAGGUGGAAAAAGGACUGACUGCACGUGUCUCUUGGCAUCCUUAAAGAUAGUCUGAGGAAUUAUCAGAGGAUUGUGAAAGCUGAGAAGAAUAAAUAUUUCUCUGAAUUGAUUGCUUUUAACUGUAACAACCCCAGAGCUCUGUUCAAAACCAUAAACACUGUCCUCGAGGCUCCCAAGUCUCUUGGUUUUGAUGCCUCCACUGAAAUCUGUGAAAAAUUCCUCCACUUCUUCACUGAUAAAAUUAUGUCAACCAGAGCCUGUAUCUCUCAACCCUUGUAUGACCCUUCUGCCCCUCUGCACCCCUCAUCUGUCUUCUCUAAAUUUGAGUCUGUGUCCCUCUCUAUUUUAAAGGACAUAGUCGGCCAUAUGAAGCCUUCUGGUUCCCCUGCUGAUGCCAUCCCCCCUCACUUGUUUAAAGAGGUACUUGCUACUAUUGGACCAAGUGUCCUUAAUAUUGUAAAUUGUAGCCUCUCAUCUGGUACAGUUCCUAGGGAUUUUAAACAUGCUGUAGUACGACCUCUACUCAAAAAAACUGGCCUUGACCCAUCCAUCUGUGCCAAUUUCAGGCCCAUCUCAAAUCUUCCAUAUCUGUCCAAGAUUCUAGAGAAGGUUGUCUACAACCAGUUGUUACCAUUCUUGGAAGACAAUGGUAUCACAGAGUUGUUCCAGUCUGGUUUUAAAGCUCUCCACAGCACAGAGUCAGCACUUUUAAAGGUUUCAAACGAUAUUCUAAUGACAACAGACUCUGGAAAGUUUGUUGUCCUUGUGCUCCUGGAUCUGUCUGCUGCAUUUGACACUGUUGACCACAGCAUUUUAAUCUCUCGCCUGGAGCACUGUGUGGGCAUUAAGAGUGUCGCCCUGGACUGGUUCCGGUCUUAUUUAACGGACAGAAGUUUCUGUGUUCAAAUUGACAACUCUGCAUCCUCAACAGCUCCUCUUCCACACGGGGUCCCUCAGGGCUCAAUCCUUGGCCCUCUUUUAUUUGCCUUUUAUUUACUCCCCCUUGGUUCUGUUUUUAGGAAACAUGGCAUCUCCUUUCAUUUUUACGCUGAUGAUUGUCAGAUCUAUUUUCCACUUGCACAGAACAACUCCAACUCAGUCCAACAACUCACUGACUGUCUUAAGGACAUUAAAGCCUGGCUUUCUUUUAACUUCCUCAGUCUAAAUGAGAACAAGACUGAAGUAAUGUUGUUUGGACCAAGUGGCGGCCACCCCCCCAACAUCGACCUAGGCUCCCUCUAACCCUACCUAAAAGAGGUCAUCACUAAUCUGGGAGUUAAAUUUGACCCUGAUUUAAAAUUUGAGAAGCAGAUCAGCGGGGUGGUACAAAAAAGUUUUUAUCAGCUACGUCAAAUAGCGAAGGUGAAGCCCAUUUUAUCAAGACCUGACCUGGAAAAAUUAAUCCAUGCUUUUAUAACUACCCGUCUUGAUUACUGCAACUCUUUGUACGUAGGGAUUAGCCAGGCUUCCCUUGCCCGCCUGCAGCUUGUGCAGAACUCUGCUGCACGUCUCCUGACACAGACCCGCAGGCGUGAGCACAUCACCCCCAUCCUGGCGUCCUUACACUGGCUCCCUGUUCAGUACAGAAUUCAUUUUAAGCGUUUAGUAUUUGUUUUUAAGGGCCUGAACAACCUUGCUCCACCCUAUAUUUCUGAGAUGCUCCAGCCUUAUUGCCCACCCCAACCCCUAAGAUCAGCUGAUCAGCUUUUACUGACGGUCCCCAGUACUAGGCUGAAGCUCAGAGGGGACAGAGCGUUUGCUGCUGCUGCCCCUAAGCUCUGGAAUGAGUUGCCCUUGAAAAUUAGACAGGCCUCCUCAUUUCCUGUUUUUAAAUCCCUUUCAAAAACGCACUUUUACUCAUUGGCUUUUAGUACAUUGUAGUGUUAAUUUGUUUUUUAUCAUCUUAGCACUUGCCGUGAGCCUCCUUAUUUAGCCUUUUGCAUUACUGUAUUUCUGCUUGCGUUAUCUUGUUUUUUGAUUGUUUUAUUUGUUUUUAUGUGUCAUUGUACAGCACUUUGGCUACCCUUGUGGUUAUUUUAAAUGUGCUAUAGAAAUAAAGUUGAUUGAUUGAUUGAUUGAUUUAUAUUAUUUUUUCAAUUAAUGUAUGUUAUAUCUUAUCCUAUGAGUCAUCUUUUAUUUACCAUUACAACUGCUGACUCUGUUGUGACAAAAGUUGUUCAGUCUUUGCUGAUGUGAUUGGUAAUGAAACACAUGUAUAGCUUUUUUGAUUUGUUAGAAAACAAUUUUAUAAUAACAAUAGCAUAAUGAAAAAACCCGUGUAUAAAACAGCAUUUACAUAUAGAUAAGGAACAUUUAAGAAAAGCACUUCAAUAUUCUCCAGACAGAAACUGUCUAUAUGUGGCAAACCAGGACUACUUGCUACCUUCUCCAGGGUCAUGGCAGUCUGUAGUAGCUCUAAUGUUGUUCCAGACCCUUUUAACCAGGCUGUUCAUCCAUAUGUGGUUGAUUACUUAAGCUCUUCCAGGUUCAGUCUUCUAAACCAGGCCUGGGAAUGUAAAAAUCAGAAAAUUCACAACAAAUUACAUUUAGAAAUGGUUUACUUCAUAUUAUGUCAGUUAAACUGUCAUAUUAGUCAUGCAAACCUGGUCAUCUGGUCACCCUAACAACAUCUCCAAUCUGCCAUUUCUGUCAAAGAUACUGGAAAAAACUGUUGCCACUCAACUCCAUUCCCACCUUUACCGCAAUGACAUUUAUGAUCAAUUCUAAUCUGGUUUCUGCCCUCACCAUAGCACUGUCACAGCACUACUCAAAAUCACCAGCGACCUCCUCCUGGCAACGGAUUCCGUUGUCCUCUCCAUCCUCAUCCUGCUUGAUCUGAGUGCGGUCUUCGACACCAUAUCACACACCACCCUCCUUGACAGACUCCUCUCCAAAGGAAUCACACACACCCCUCAGCUGGUUCAAAUCCUACUUCUCCAGCCACGCACACUUCAUCCAACUCAAAUCAUUCACAUCACAACCACUCCCAGUCACUGCAGGUGUGCCCCAAGACUCUGUUCUGGGGCCCUUCCUAUUCAUCAUUUGCCCACUCCUCCUUGGUUACAUCUUCCAGAAACAUUACAUAAACUUCCACUGCUACGCGGAUGACACCCAGUUCCAUUUUUCCACAGAACCUGAGUCCACCCUCCCUCCCUCCUUCCUCUCUCCUUCCUCACUGACUACCUCCUUAAACUAAAAUCCUGGUUUUCAUCCAACUUCCUGAAACUGUGCAGCAACAAAACAGAAAUUUUACUUAUUGGCACAAAAACCACCCUGUCCAAAUCUCCCAGUUUUACAAUAUCUAUAGAUUAUUCCAGCAUCUCUCCAUCAAGAGUCUGUAUGUCAUCCUCGACAGCACACUCAUAUACCUCACAUAUCAGCCAUAUAACCCGCUUAGCCUACCUCCAUCUCCAUAACAUCAACUGCCUCCACCCUUCUCUCACACUUCAUACAGCUGCCAUCCUGGUCCACAUUCUUGUCACUUCCCGAGUCGACUACUGCAACUCCCUCCUGUUUGGACUUCUGCAAAAAACUCUCCAUAAACUACAACUGGUACAGAAUUCAGAAGUCCGUAUUAUCAAAAGGACCCCAUUCAGUCAUCACAUCACACCAAUCCUCCAGCAGCUCUACUGGCUCCCAAUCACACACUGUUUUUACAUACACCUGUAGAUGCAGCUUAGACACAUCAUCAGUGAUGUAAACUGGGGUUAUUGAGUGUUUUAGGUCUUUCAACAGUUAGACACCCUCGUCCAGGUGAACCAGCCAGGAUUAAUCAAGCCCCAGCUUGUUUCUAAGCAGCUUGUGUCCAUGGAGCACCCUGUUUGAUCCAAAGCCAUCUUGACACCUUCUCUGCAGCAUCCAUGAUCUUCUCAAUGGCUUUACUAUUGUGCAGCACCUUAAUCCCCAGUCUCCUCAGUGCUCUCUAGAGUGACUGGCGAGCAACGCCUCUGCACCCAAACUUGAUGAGGUUGCAUCAGGUUGUCCAACCAUUGUUUUGGCACAUGCUGGUCAGCUCCUCGUACUUGGCCCUCUUCCUCCUGAGGGCCUCCUCCAUCCAAUCUUCCCAAGGGACAGUUAGCUCCAGCAGGACCACCUGCCUCGAUGUAUCUAACAGCAACAUGAUGUCUGGCCUGAGUGUGGUCACUGCAAUCUUGCGCGAUAUUGUAACUGUCUCCCGAGGUCAACCUUCAGCUGCCAGUCCCACACUGUUGCCAAAAAAGCCCCCUGGUUUAGGAGGUGCUUCUGUUUCUCUAAGAAUGUGCUCCAGGGAUGCUGGGCUGUCUACCAGGCCCCAGCUGAAGAGGUUGGAUGGGUUGGGCAGGACAUCGUAUGUGGAUUGGAUUAGGAACCUUAUGCGCUUUGGCUCCUCCUUCCACAGCUCCGGCAAAGAAAUCUUCCAAUCCACUGCCUGCUGCCAUCAGGUCCACAACCCCUGUUGCUGCAUCUCCACUGCCUUGCAGUAUCAGGCUUCCUCAACCCCUGCUCAGACCUCCUCCUGGACUAGCUGGCGCCUCUCAUUCCCCUGGGCCUUGUUGUAGCAUGGUCUUGGGUUGCUGCCCAGCCCUGCUCACCCAGAUGCCACCGCGCUCACUAGCACACUGUGCCGCAGUCGUGACUCUGCCUGAGCCUUCCACUUUCUGCCAGUCCUCACUUCAAUGCCUGCUAAGGAGACCUUGGUGUCAUGUGAGUCCCUGUCCCUGGGAGCUGUAUCUUAUUCUUCCUCCCAUACAAGGCAAUGCCGCUGAGAAUCCAAGGUAGGCCCAACCACCUUCGCAGGUAGUGGCUGAUCUUCCCCUCUAGGCCUUUGACCAUGGUCAGUGGGACAUUCUACACCAGCAGCAGCUAGAGGAGGUGUGGUAAGAUGCUGUGUUGGUAAAUCCAGGCUUUGAACUUUCCUGGCAGCCUUGACUUGUCCACUGCAGUGAGCCAGGCUCUCAAUUCACUGCUGGUCGAAUUCAGUGCUGCAGUGUCCCUCAAAGAUCUUGCCCAAAGUCUGAACAACCUUACAGACCAUACCAGUCAUCCAUCCUUUGGUUCAAGUCCAAACAUGUAGAAGUCUGGAAAUUCACUAAAUACCAGCAGAUAUGUUGAUGGUGAUUAUUAUUAUUAUUAUUAUUAUUAUUGUCAUUAUUAUUAUUAUUAUGUUGCUGAAACAUGUUUGUGGUUCGUGGUUUGGUUCUUCUGCAGCAGACAGGUUUUUGUACCAGCUCUUCUCACUGUGUGCCAGUUACUCCUUUUUCUACAACUCUUACUACUACAUCUUUGGCUCUGGAACAACACUGUUUGUUUUAGGUAAGAAUAAUAUUUCAUAUAAUUUAUUUAAUUUAUUGAACCAGUCUAAAGCAGGUGUGAUCAAGUUUUCUCAGGUUAUGGUGAUAACUGUGAGUUUAUUUAGAUUAUCAGAGAGAAAUUUGCUGCCGAGCAGCUCCUGAGACAAAAGAGUUUCAUUACUUUCUUUAGUAUUUUAUCGUCGCUGUUUUUCAUUCAAAAAUGUUUUACAAUAAUCAGAUCAGUUGUAAUUUUCUCAUAAUCAAAUAUGUUCCAACAAAUGAAACAUAUUUGUCUUCAGAUAUGUUAAAUUGCAAGUGUGUAAUCGUUCAAAAGCAGUAAAACUAACCGCAGCUGUGGUAGUUUAUAUUACAGUGCUUGUCUUUAUUGGUUACAAACACACUUAUACCAGACAAAAGUCUACAUCUUAAAUGUGUUUAUUUUAUAUAACAUAUAAAAUCUUUUAUCUCAUUUCCCUUGUGGGACAAACAAACCAUCUGUCUAUAAACAACAUUUUACAAACUAAUAAUCUAAGUAAGACAGUUUUCAUUAAUCAUUUUAAAGAUGUUUUCAUUUGUACUGUCUAACAAUAAAAACCUCUGUCAUUACUUUGUAGCACCAGAAGCUUCAUUCACAUUUUGUAUCAAUGUAUAAUUUAAGAAUGGAAUAAUACAAAACAUGUAAAACUACUGUAGUAACUUUGUCUCUGUUCCAGUAUGUUGAAAUAAUAAAGGAAUAUCGGUUAUUCUGAUAGUGCCAUUUUUUCCACGUCCUAAUUCAACAUAAAAUUAACUCAUAUACUGUAAAAAGCUAUUCAGGAUUUUAUGAAGUGUUUAAAACUGUAUUUUCGUCUGUGCUGAUACAUUAAUAUCUUGUGAGUGAAUAAUAACAAUAGUUAUUAGUUGUUGUAAUGAUAAUAAUAGAAAUAUUAACGAUAAUACUACUAGUAAUAGUACUAGCAAUAAUAAUAAUAAUAAUAAUAGUAAUUAUUAUUAUUAUUAUUCCUUAAACUAGGAGAAAAUGUGUAUCUUUAAAACUGCUGUAUAAAGAUUUAAUUCACUGAAAACAGCAACAACUAACCCAACAGGUACUGCAUGUAUAAAAUAUCAAACAUCUUGUUUUCACUGAGGGAUUAACAAAGUAAUUUUUGUGUCUUUAUUUCCUAAAUGAUGUUUUAAAAAUUAAAAAUCAAAUUUUCUUACUUCUGUUUUUUAUUAAAAAAAAAAAAAACAUUUAAAAAAGGUCAGCUCACAUAGAGAGAAGUUAAUCCAGACCGAUCACAAAAUCUUACUGAGCUUAUGAUUUUAAAAACACUUUAUAAAGCAUCUGAAAUCAUAUUACAUUUGUACAGCACUGUAAAUUAAACCGUUUUCUUCAGUACUUGGCAGGAUGGGUUUUAUUCAUAUUUGCCUUUUCUAACCCUAUCAUUACAGUCCUGAAUAAUGAAAAAAAGAAAUAACUGAUGUGUUUAUUGGUGUCUGAGUUAACUAUGUUAAAGGGUUCAAAAUGUUUGGAUUAGUCUGAGGUUUUUAAAUUUUCAUUAUGUGCUUAAGCCAAAUAUAUAAUUAAGACUAAUGUGGACAGUAACUCUGGAACACUAAGAUAUCCUAGUUAGAAAUUUUGAACAUAUUCAAAAUGAAACGGUUAAUGUAAUAGAAUGUAACCAUGUAGUGACUUUAAAAAGUAUGAUAUGAUAUCAUGCAAUAUAAUUCACUAUUUUAUAAACUUGACUUUUUAUACCAAACUUUUGAAGUUAUUUAAAAAUAUUCAUGCACAUUUAUUUCUUUGUGUGCUCGGAGGUAACAAUACAACAUGCUAAUAUAAUGUGAGACUGAACAAUGUUUUUAUAGUUAUCAUAAACUUAAUAUCUGAUCUAAUGUCUUUGGGAAGAGAUCUAGUUUCAGUAUAUUGAACUUGAGUCCGUGUUGCUGAGUGUUUAGGAGCUCAGAGCUGGUUUGUUGUUCAGGAUUAGACUGAAUGCAGAGCUGGAAGCUGCUCCUGUGAAUGUGUGUGUGCUGCUUGUUCCUCUUCAGGUGAGCAGGUAGUGGAGCCCGUGGUGAGAGUGUACCCGGCUGCAUCCAGAGGCCAGCUGCUGUGUGUGGCCUCAGGCAUGUUUCCUCCUCUGGUGAAAUUAUCCUGGAAAAGACAAAAGGAGCGUGGUGGUGUGGAGGUGCUGCCCUCUGCUGACAGUCGGCAGCAGAAGCUCCAAGAGACUGGAUGUUCAGCCUCGAUCUUACACAUCAAUCAGCAAGAGAUCAGCUCUGAUCAAUACCUCUGCAACGUGCAGCACCAGGGAGGAACCAGGGAGGUCCCAGCACCAACAGGUAAUGAAGGCUUGGUGAGCACGCUCAGUGGUGAUUCAGCUUCUUAUGAGGACUGACACUGUUUUCAACUCUAUCUGUUUCUGAAGGUCCUGUGACUCCAGCACCAACACCAUCACCUUCAACAGCACCAACACCGUCACCUUCAACAGCACCAACACCAUCACCUUCAACAGCACCAACACCGUCAUCUUCAUCAUCACCUUCACCUUCACCUUCUCCUCCUCUCCCAGCAUCCCCUUCUGUCCCGUCUCAGCACCAGGUGAAGCUGCUCUCUCUGCUGUACUCACUGCUGAUAGUGAAGAGUCUGGUGUACUGCUGUGGACUCUUUCUGAUGACCAUCCUCAGAGACAAGUGA